CAUCAUUGGAUCACAAAAAUGAAUAAUCAAGGAAUACCUCAGCCAGGUUUUUAUCCUCCAGCGCCGGGGUUCAAUAAUCAACCGAUGUAUUCAAAUAUCCAACCGCAAUCAUACCCAAUGUAUCCUUAUCCUGGACAAGCACCAUCAGCACCAGAAGUUAGUCCUCCUCCAGCUUAUAAUCCUGACUAUCCACCAGUUACUCAUGCACCAGGUCCAGUUGUUACUCAAAUAGUACCCGUGAAUUUUGGUCCUGAUUCAGUGCGAUUAAUCUGUCCUCAUUGUAACGCUGAUAUUUCAACAAGAGUUGAAGUUGCAGCAAGUACUAAGACUCAUAUUUUUGCCAUGAUCCUUUGUCUUCUUGGAUUAUGCCUCUGUGUCCCAUGCGCAUAUUGUGGAGACUGCUUCGCAGCAGCUAACCAUUACUGUCCUUGCUGUAAUGCUCGUCUUGGAUCCCAUGAACCUUAA